GCGUCCCCCAACGCAGGGCGUUGGGUCCGCAAACUGCGGGACCCUCCAGGCCUAGGGCGCCCGCGCUGAGGCCCCGCCCCCACGAGGCCCCGCCCCGCCCCGAUGCUGCCAUGGAAACCCAGAAAGCGACAUGGCUGCCGCGGGCCAGGGAGGACGGCUUGUGACACAGCCGGCGGCAGCCGUCCCCAAGUCACCUUCCCUUUCGCCACAGCCAGCAUCUCCCAUCCGAGGGAGGCCUAAGAAGGGUGUGGCCUAUCCGCAUCCCCCGAAGAGCUCGCGCCUGUCUCGGUCCGUCCUGCGCUGGCUCCAGGGCCUGGACCUCAGCUUCUUCCCCAGGAACAUCAACAGGGAUUUUUCAAAUGGUUUCCUGAUAGCAGAAAUAUUCACUAUAUAUUACCCCUGGGACCUUAAACUGUCCUCCUUUGCAAACGGAACUUCUUUAAAAGUCAAGUUGGAUAACUGGGCACAGGUGGAAAAGUUCCUGGCAAAAAAAAAUUUUAAAUUACCUAAAGAACUAAUUCAUGGAACAAUUCACUGUAAAGCCGGAGUACCUGAAAUACUGAUACAAGAGGUUUACACCCUGUUAACACAUCGAGAAAUUAGAAGUAUCCAGGAUGACCUCGUGAAUUUCACAGACUAUAGUUACCAGAUGCAGUUGCCCCUGGUUCCCAGGUCUACAGCGUCGAAGUCUAUAAAGAAUAACAUUAGGUUAUCAGAAUUAAUCAGUAAUCCCAACAGGCUCAGCAAUGAACUUAAAGUAGACUUCCUCUUCCUUUUACAAAUGUUGCAAAGAAAAUUAAGCAGAAAAUUGAAUCCAAAAUGGUUUGAGGUCAAACCGACUGUGGGAGAAUUUACUCUCGAUCGUCUUCCUGCCAAAGACUCUGGGUGCAAAUAUAAUUCAGUGAUUUCGAGGGAAAGAGUCACUCCUGUUUUAGAAAAUACAGAUAAUGGUGGCAGUCCAGUUAAAGAAAUUCACGUCAAACAAGCUGGAAAACAUUCUCUUGAAUCCAUUAGGAAACCUAUCAGAAACAUGAAAAAAUAACCUUGAAAAGCA